AUCUUCCCAAUACCACAUCUGUCAGUCAUAUCAUCUGUCAGCCGCCAGUUACCCACCCACAUAACCACCAACUUGCGUUCUCGAAAUUAAAUCCGUUAUUCAUCUUCGUGUGCGUGCGCGUCUUCGUUUUUGAUUGAUUGAUACCAUGGGUUUGGUCGGUCUUUGUUUAUUCUCUUUCAUCUUUGUAAUUUCUUUUCCUUUCGAAUGGGGAUGAAAAAUGCGUUGUGGAUUUCUUUUUCUUUUUCUUUCCUUUUUUUCCCCAUCAGUAUCUGAUAUCUCGUAUCUGAUAUAUCAUCUGGUGUUAUCUCGCUUUGCACGAAACGUGGAUGGAUGCACGGGUUACGUCUAUAAGAACCACUACUACACUACACUACAGUCACAGUCAAUCAGUUUGUCUAUUUAUUUAUCUAUUUAUACCUGCCUUGCUUAUAUCUUCAUUUUCGUCUUUAUUUUCGUCUUUAUCUUCGCACUCAUCAGUCAACCUUGUUCUUCGUUAGACUCUACUCAUAGCUUUUUACCAUGAGGAGUCUUUGUUGUUAAAAGCUCAUCAUCUCAUCUCAUCUCAUCAAUCAAAUA